CUGUACAGUAAGCUGUCAAGAGCUUGUUGCUCAAAGCUGUGUCAUGUCACAAAGUAAUGGCCGUUGGAAAAUGACGUCCCCUUAGUUGUACGAGACACUUUAGCUCCCGUUUCGCUCAACAUCAACUGGUUGUCGAGCGUUAGUUUCGGCCUCACGAUUGGGUUUUAUGUGCGGUGUCCGAGUUGUGGCGCGGUGUAAUCGGCGCCGUAUGUCCCCCCUCCCUUCCUCCUCCUCCAACCAACACCGCGGGCAGCGGUUCUUCCGCGGCGAUGAGCUCGCCAGUAUAAGUGCCUCGAAGAAUUCCUCAGCUUGAACUUUGAGGAAAGCUUGUUUUUCCUUUGGGUCCAGAAACAGCAUCUGGGGGCUCCUACUUUGCACAUCAUCCAAAUAGGAUCAUGGUCUAAAGAAGAAACUGGUCUUGCAUAGUUUCCAAAAAAAAGCCAAUGAGUGGUGGUGUUCAACGGACGUGUGAUCUCCCAAGCUCAACGACCCUCCUUCUAGCUCUAGCUCAUGGAGGACUUAUCCUCUUGUUUUAGGAGACGACUGUGAUCGGCCUUCCGCUUUCAGCACCGUGAUUGUCUUAUAAUAAGAACUGUUUAUGAUCAAAAACCUUUGGACAUGGCGUCGGGGAGAGACACAAAAUGGCUGACCCUGGAAGUGUGUCGACAGUUUCAGCGAGGAAACUGUUCACGCAGUGACGAGGAAUGCAAAUUUGCUCAUCCGCCAAAGAGCUGCCAAGUGGAAAAUGGGAGGGUCAUCGCCUGCUUUGACUCGCUAAAAGGCAGAUGCUCUAGAGAGAACUGCAAGUACCUCCAUCCGCCCUCACACUUAAAAACUCAGCUGGAAAUAAACGGCCGCAACAAUCUCAUCCAGCAGAAGACAGCAGCUGCAGUGCUCGCACAGCAGAUGCAGAUCAUGAUCCCUACAGCCAGUCUGCAGUCUGUGGGUCUUGGCACUAACUCUGGUCUCGGCUACGGUUCCUACUUGACGCCCCUAAGCCACGGGAUCGGCCUUCUUCCCACAGACAUCCUCCCCAGCAGUCAGGUUCUUGUUUCAGGGAGCCCGCCUGUCACGGUCCAGAGCUCGCCUUCUUCCUCCUCUUCUUCACCCUCCCAGAAGCUCCAGCGCACUGACAAACUGGAGGUAUGUCGUGAGUUCCAGAGAGGCACAUGUGCUCGAGGAGAGACCGACUGCCGGUUCGCCCACCCCAGCGACAGCCCGAUGAUUGACACCGUCGACAACACCGUCACCGUUUGCAUGGACUACAUCAAGAGCCGCUGCAGCCGCGACAAGUGCAAGUAUUUUCACCCACCUGCGCACUUGCAGGCCAAAAUUAAAUCCGGUCAACAUCAGACAGCCAUGGCGGCCCAGGCCACAGCUGCAGCCGUGACUCAGUCGACUGCCAAAGCAAUGAAGCGACCCCUCGAGGCAACUGUAGACCUGGGCUUCCCGCACAGCAUCCUGCAACCGCUACCAAAGAGGGCAGCCCUGGAGAAGAGCAACUGGGCCAGCUCGCUGCUCAGCCCCAGUUUGUUGCACUACCAGCAGGCUCUGGCCAGCACACAGCUGCAGCAUCCCACAGCCGCAUUCUACCCUGCAGGGAAAGGCUCCUGUUCAGAGAGGGUCGGAGGAAUCCAGGUGCUGGGUCCAGGCAGGCAGGAAACAGGAUCUGAAGCAGGAGAGCCAGGGAAGAGCACAAGUCAGGCAGGCAGGAUGGGAACAGAGUGCAGAACAGGGCAGUGGUCUGUUUUGUGUAUGACUCCUGCGAACAGCAUAGUCCCCAUGAUGUACAGUGCUACGCCUGCUAGUGUCUCUGCAGCAACUUCUCCCGCCACAAGUGUCCCCUACGCAGCAACAGCACCAGCCAAUCAGAUCAUUCUCAAGUAACCACCAGAACCAGGACUCAGUGCCACAAAGAUCCGGAGCAGUCCAUCUGUACAUACACUGUUCACUGCGUACGUCACCCGCAGCAAGCCGCAUGCUGAUCAAGCACCACAAGUGGAGUACAUGACCACAUAGAGUACGGUAUUGCAUCAAGGUCACACAACGAGACCCUACGCAUGGACAUACUCUACAUGCGUUUGCCAGUGUAAAUCAUCUGCGUUGCAUUUUUUUCAUCGAAACAACUGGGGAAAAAGUAACAUAACGGUAGUUAGAACCAUAUGAACAGCAAUGUACUGGAUGAUACUAACAGGAAAUGUUAGCUGAAAUUUAAAUGAUGUAAAUAGUCACGUCCGAAGUGUGUUCAUCAUGGUAGUCCCCGUCGUAAAGGGGUAACAACCAUAUUAGAGAUUGUUCACUUUCUUGUAUGCGUCGUUUCUUUGUCAUGAUUGUUUGACCUUGUGCCAGAUUCAAUUGCUUUAUUAGCAGCUAUUAAAAAGCACUUAUUUUAAAUUAUAUGAAUAUAAAUAUGGCCCUCAGUGUACAGGCUUUUAUCUCCAGUGAGCAGUGCUCCUCCACCUGGUGUGCCUUUGCAUUGCAUUGAAAGUCUGUUUGCCACUGUCGACCCACCCGAAUGUGCUCUCUAAGGGCACGGAUGAAUUUUCCCCUCAAAAGCUAAUAUUUAAAUGAUGGGUCCUUAUGAUAGGCAUUUUACAUAACCGUAAAGAGUUUAUUCAGUGUAUAUUCAAACAGAAGUGUAAUCCUGCAAGGACUGAACUAUUAUUGUAACUGUUAAGUCUUGAAAGUUACAAGUGCCUAAAGAGUUGUCAUAUUUAAGGGGCUUCGAACGACAUUGUCCUGUAUUUAAAAAAAAAAAAAAAAA